ACAAAAAUCUGACGCUGACACACAAGCCGGAGCCGAGAAGAGGGGGACUAGUGUUUUGUUUCUUUUUUCUUUAAUUUAUGUCGUUUUAUUCUUUAGUGUUUUGUUGUUAUUCAGUAAGAUUCCACUGACAGCGCAGACUGCCCCGCUUCCCAGCGCUUGCUUGUCUGCCCUUAACUUUCGUGGCGCUGUACCCGCACGCGGCGCUAUUUUGACAGUCGGCUCGUUUGGAUCCACUCGGCUAGCAGCAACAUCAUAUUAGCAGCGGGCUCCAGACUGUAGGCAAGACCAUGCUUCUGCAGUAAUUGGAAAGCAGAGACAAGCGGCCCCAGACGACCUCUAAAGGUGGUGACCGGUCUAUUGGUGUCCCCCCACCUCACUCUCUGACUGGCUUCCUCUUCAGUUCAUCCAUUUACUCCUUUACCUAAAGGCCAAGACCUGCUAUGGAAUGCGCUUUCCCCCCUGCAGCAGCACAGCCUAGCACACUACCUUAGUGGAUUCCCCUCAUCUCCCCCUGUGUGGUUCUUAUCCACACUCACUGUAAAGAGUUCAGCAUAGACCUGUCCCUCUAACAGCCACUUCUGGGUCCUCCACCUAACCCCCUCCCCACUCCCACCCUCUCCCCUCCCCCAAGAAGAUGUCACUGAGCCUGACAACGGACAUCCAGCCGGAGGGAGAGAGUGGGCUACAAAUCGAGCCCUGCAGUCGAGGAAAAAGCUCUCCUCAACCACAGGGUACCAAGGAUGGGACAGGAGAAGCCCCAGAGCCAGAUGAUAACUCUUCACAGGAUGCACAGCAGAAGAGAGCUACUAACCACAGCCAUGGUAGGAAAAGGGCCAAGUCUAAUGCCAAAAUGAAAUUAGUACGGAGUUUGGCAGUAUGCGAGGAGUCGUCUGGACCGUUCCCCAACGAUGGACCCCCAGAAUCGGAAAUCAUCCAGCUUCACAUCAGCUGCCCAUCUGACAAGGAGGAGGAAAAGUCUUCAAAGGACGAGUAUGAAAACGAGGAAAAAGAGAAGAAGGACAAGACUCCUCGAAAGAUGCUGUCACGUGAUUCCAGUCAGGAAUACACCGACUCCACAGGCAUUGAUGUACAUGAGUUUUUGGUCAACACACUGAAAAACAAUCCCAGGGAUCGAAUGAUGCUGCUUAAACUAGAACAAGAUAUCCUGGAGUUCAUUAAUGACAACAAUAACCAGUACAAGAAGUUUCCCCAGAUGACUUCGUAUCAUCGAAUGCUGUUGCACCGUGUGGCCGCCUAUUUCGGCAUGGAUCACAAUGUGGAUCAGACUGGAAAGGCCGUCAUAAUCAAUAAGACGGGCAACACGCGCAUCCCAGAACAACGGUUUUCUGAACACAUCAAGGAUGAACGUAACAUGGACUUCCAGAAGAAGUUCAUCCUUAAAAGAGAUGAUGCUAGUAUGGACAAAGAUGAUAAUCAGAUCCGUGUGCCACUGCAGGACGGGAGGCGUAGCAAAUCUAUUGAAGAGAGAGAGGAAGAAUAUCAGCGGGUACGAGACAGGAUCUUUGCCCGAGAAGUGUCCUUUUUUUUGCAGUCGUCUCAAAAUGGAUACAUCAAUGAUAACAGAUUUCCCACUGAGGGCUACUGCUCUAGCUCUCAAAAGAGGAGGCAGAUCUUUAGAGGGAAUCGCGAGAGCUCUAGCCGGGCAUCAAGCAGCCGUCAAAGCAGCACAGACAGUGAUAUGAAGUGCCUGGAUCCCCGACCCUGGAGCAGUACGGACUCGGACAGUUCUAACCGAACCCUCCGGCCACCUGUGACUAAGGCCAGCAGCUUCUCUGGCAUUUCCAUCCUCACCAGAGGGGACAGCCUUGGCAGCAACAAAGGAUCACAGGGAAGCGGCAAAGGCUCUCGCUCUGAUUUCUUGUUUUUGUCUUCCUGUUCCUUACUAGGCUUGCCCUUAGUCAGUCCUGAUGUUUGUCCCCCACCCUCAGUGUCCCAGUCCAGCCGUAGCCUCCUACCCUGCCCAUCUCAGCCGCCACAGCAGCCACAGGGCCCGGCUCCCCCACAGACUGCUCUGCUACCCACCCCACAGCAGCACCCCAUGGGGAACCACAUGAUUGCUCAGCCGGUGGCGUCUCUGCAGCCCUCUCAGCCUGUCUCCUACUCCAGUCCUUCCUGCCCCCAGGUUCUCCUGCCAGUUUCUCCUCCCCAGCAGUACACAAUGGGAGAUGAGCUAACAACGCAGUUCACACAGAUGACACUGAGUCGACAGGGCUCCAGUGAGAACCCUGAGCCUCCCACCAUGUACCCGCCCCCACCCACCGUGCUAUCGCAGCAUCCGCAACAUCAGCCUAGCUACAUCAUGGCUACAACAGGCCAGCCUUUGCCGCCUCCAUCUGGCUACCAGCCCCCUACUGGACAUGCUCAUCCUCCACCUCCACCACCACCGCCAUCCCAGCCUGUCAUACAGGCUCCACCACCUCCACAAGGCUACAUCCAGCCCCCUCCACCUCAACAGAUACAGGUAUCCUACUACCCUGCUGGUCAGUAUCCAAAUUCAGGGCAGCAGUACCGUGUGUCCCAACCGAUAUCCCACCAGGUGUCUUACCAACCCCAACGCACACAACCCAUGCCUCCGCCCAGUCAGCAGUCAGGUCUUCAGACCAUGAUGCCAAGCCAGCAACCAAGCUAUCAAAACAUGAUGGGAGUGCAGCAGUCUCCAAAUCCUGGUCUGCUUAAUUCUCAAAGGACGGGUAUUGGAGCCCAGAUGCAAAGCAUAAUGGUUCAGUACCCACAGAUGCCAUCAUAUCAGGUGCCAGUGGCAAAUGAAAAUCAGCAGGUGGUGCAGCAGCAGUAUCAGCAGCAGGUGAUGGUGCCAGUCAGCCAGUCUGUCCAGGGGCCUAUGCCUGUCUACUACAGUGUUAUCACACCCACACAGCAAAAUAGCACAAGCCCGUCGGUAGGUUAUCUGCAGCCCCCCAGCUCAGAGCAGUUUCAGAUCACACAGUCACCGUCUCCCUGUAACCCUCAACCAUUGCAACAGCAAUAUUCAGGAGUGGCUCCACCUGGGCCUGGGGUGAUGGUCAUGCAGCUCAGUGUUCCCAAUGGACCUCAGCCUUCCCAGAAUCCUCCUCUGGUUCAGUGGAACCCUUGCAAGUACUACAGUAUAGAGCAGAGGGCCAGCAAGCCGGGAGACCUCUACAAACCUGACAACACUCCACAGGCCAGCACUCAGCUGACGAGUCCCCUUGCCUCUCCCACUCAGUCUCCCACUCCGUCUCCCUCCGGGAGUGUCAACAGUGUAUGCCCAGGCCUUGGACCACUACCCCUCAUCUCCCAGUUUCCACGGCCAGGAGGACCAGCUCAAGGUGAUGGUCGAUACUCUUUGUUGGGGCAGCCCCUCCAGUACAGCCUGUGCCCUCCACCCCUAAUGCAUGGACAGUCCUCCUAUAACUCCCACCAGAGUCAAGGAGUAAUCAAACAUGGAACACGAGGAAAGAAGCAAACACUUAAAUCCGCAUCAACAGACCUUGGCACCACAGAUGUUGUUGUGAGUCGAGUCCUCGAGGUAACAGACCUGCCGGAGGGGAUUUCGCGUCCAGAGGCCGAAAAGCUUUUCAACCAGCUGUCGAUGUGUGGCGCUAAAAUCCAGUGGCUAAAGGAACCCCAGGGAGGCCGAGGAGUAGCGGGUGGCUGCGGCCCCUGUGCCGGAGCCAGCUCGAUGUCUGGUGUCGGCAUGGGAGCCGGGGGAGGGAAGGGGGAUGGCCACGAUCCAGCGCACCACUACACAGUAGUUGCAGUGUUCCCCACCACCAUGGCUGCCCAGAGUGCUUCCUUCAAACUCAACAACAGCGGAGCCAGCCUCUUCAAACUUCGGGCCGCCAAAAAGAACUAUGACCUGCGUGUGCUGGAGAGAGCCAGCUCUCAGUGAGAGGACAGGAGACAUGGAGGAAAGACACAGAAAGAGACUUUUGGUGAAAAAGGAAGGACAACUGAGGGGGGGGCUGCUGGUAGUGUACAAUUUAAAAUCAAAAUGGAAAAAAACAAACUUGAGUUUCAUGAUGUGUCAAAUGUAUAAAAGGGAAGAAGGUGUGAAUCAUGAGGUGGCUGGUGUUUGGUUGCAAAUCAGAUUUUUUGUUGUUUGUUUUUAUUCAUUGGUUUUUGUUGUUUUGUAUUUAUAAAGCAGAAGAGCACACAAGACACGCGAGCAUGUGUUUCACUGUUGCUGUGGAACGUGUGCUGCCAUGACACGAGAACACUCACGACACUGCGCAGACACACAGACCGAAAGACGCAAAGAAACACAGUGCAGGCAACAGGGUCACGUAGCACAUCACAAAAACACACUGGACAGUCGAUCUCAGUCAAACCUUUUCUCCUCCUCCUCCAUCCCUCCGUUUCUGCUGCAGCUUCUCUCCUGCCUCUCUGCUGACAGAUUGUCUCCAAAUCGUACAUAUUUAUAAAUUUUCAUACGCACAGUUGCGCACCCUUUCUGCUCUCCCCAGCUGCCAUCUCUCAUACUUCCUCCUAUCUUUCUCUGCUUAUCUGUUCCUCUCAUGUAGUGUCACUGCGCUCUCCUCUCUCGCUUUCUGUUUGCCUUACUGCUGUUGUGGGUUUCAGUAUUGCGCUGUUUUUUCUUUCUCAGAAGUUUUCCUUUUUUUUGAGGGUUCAAUAUAUUUAUAUAAUUGAUGUAAGGAAUUAAAGAAAUCUAUAUAUUCAGUGAUUUUUCUUUUGUUCCCGAGUGACGAAGUUUAGGCCUUCCUUUCUCCUUUACUGCUUCCUUCUUCAUCCCUGCUCCUCUACCUCACUUCUUCAGUCCUCUUCCUCUCUCUCCCUAUGACUGCCCUGCCCAGCCCUCCAGCUCCACCCCGACGUCCCCAUUGUGUUUGCGUUUUUCGUUGACAGCCGUGCAGAACGUAUCAGAAGAAGUAGUUAAAGUGCACAAUGAUUGCAUAUGUCUACUGUAAAUUUUAUUUAAUCUGUUAUUUUUUGUUUGUUUUUAACAAUAUAAAAGUU